CGUGUUUACGGUUUCAUCCAAAUUUCAGCUUGACAACAAUAUUAAUGACAACUUACAAGUUGAAGCGCACGCACUGACACGCACUAGUUUGGAGCCUUGCACCGCUUCUGUCGUUACUCACACACGUUGAGCAAGAUGCCAGACCUUGACCCCACGACUGACUUCAUAGCAGGCACAAUCGCAGGCAUUGUCGGGCUUCUCAUCGCUCAUCCGUUUGACACAGUCAAAGUCCGCCUGCAAAAUCCCGACCUAUCUUCGAAAUACCAUUCAGUAUCGCACGCAUUUACGACUAUCAUCAAAGAGGAGCGCUUUAGUGGCUUAUACAAGGGUAUUGCUUCACCUCUGGCAACAUGCGCUUUUAUGAACGGUCUCAUAUUCGCGUCCUACAAGUUUUUCCUCAAGGCGCAAAUGACAGAUGAUUCUAUUCCCUCCCUCACCCAAGUUACAAUCGCUGGCUGCUGCUGCGGUGUUGCCAUGUCACUUUUUACUGCACCUAUCGAACUCAUUAAAAUCAGGCAGCAAAACAUGUUAGAGAGCGGACUGGGAAGUGUCUCAGCAAGCAAACUUAUAUCCACUAUUUAUCGGGAACAUGGACUCAAGGGAUUUUUUCGUGGUUUCACCGCUACAGCCCUUCGUGAGGUCGGAUAUGGCGCAUACUUUCUCGGGUAUGAGGCUACAAGUCGAUACCUCGCUCCUCCCUCUCCUGGGCUUAACGCAGAGUCUCCACCCCUUUGGGUGUUGCUCGUCAGCGGAGGUGUCGCGGGCGUUAUUGGUUGGCUUCCGACAUUUCCAAUGGACGUUGUCAAGACGCGCAUGCAGAGUACCGAACCUGAAGAGGCUCGAAGAUUAAUGCUGUCGGAAACGAGAAUGGUCGAUAACUCAUACCGCACAACGAUGUCAACGAUCCGGCAUUCAUAUCGUACAGAGGGCGUUGGGGUCUUCUUUCGCGGGCUGAGCCCGACCCUGCUGCGGGCGAUUCCAGUCAACAUGGCUACAUUUGCGGUAUACGAAACCGUUGCAGGCUUACUCUCGCCAUGACUAUAAACUUAUUAAGCACACUACACAAUCAACACUUUGACGAUGAUAUAGAUACCUUAGAUGCACGUAAAUACUUUCUGUCGACCUUGUAAUGUGGAUAGAAUCAUCGCUACGGUGUCACGUGCAUUGAUCUGUUGUAUGCAUUGUCAGUUGGCGUACCAGUAGGUUGACUGUCCUAAAUCAUAGAGCUUGAAGUAUUCAGAGUACCUAGAAGUGUGGCAACAGGUGGGCAACCAUGUGUAUACGGUGGUACCAGUAAGGUAGUCUCCACCUAGCGAAU